AUGACUGUUCCCAGUUUCCCGUCAAUCCCAAUCCUGGCGCCAUGGACGUCACUGACACGAGAACGAUACUCAUCAACGACGACGUCCCCUGACCUCCCCGCCAUUGCCGAGAGGAUGGCCACGACGACGGCGAGGCUGGAGGCCGAUUUCUCCAAGGUGGAGAGCAAGAUCCACCGGUUCCCCGGCAGCCUGCGAGGAAUCGGCGGCGACAACGAUCGCUACAUCGUCCCCAGCGUGGUGGCCAUCGGGCCGUACCACCACGGCGCGCCGCACCUGCACAAGAUGGAGGAGGUCAAGCUCGCGGCGGCCUACUACCUCUGCGGGGCCUCAGGCCGCUCCACCGCGGAGGUGUACGAGAAGGUGCGCUCCGUCGCGGGCGCCGCCGCCCGGGGCUGCUACGACGCCGACGACCCCGCGGUGGUGGGCCUCGGCGACGCCGAGUUCGCCGCCAUGAUGUUCCUCGACGGCUGCUUCCUGCUGCAGUACAUGGUCGCCGGCGGUGACGUCGAGCACGACGCGACGGCGCUCGUGCUGCAGAACCGGAUGACGCUGUCCACGGGGCCCAGUAUCCAGAAGGACAUCUUCCUGCUUGAGAACCAGAUCCCCUGGCUGGUGCUCGACGCGCUCGCGGAGUUCAUGUUCGUCGACGUGGGCGGGUUUACUCAGGUGGGCUGUAUGCCUGAUAAUAAGAAGAACUACACGGGCGUCUCGUCGUCGUGGUCCAGCAGCGCCGUGGAGCUCGCGGAGAUGGGCGUCGUCCUCACGCCGAGAACGGAGGUCUGGUUCGGGGACAUGAGCCUCCGGCGGCGCUGCCUGUACGGCGAGCUGUCGCUGUCGCCGGUGUUCCUGAGCGACGUCACCGCGUGCUGGCUCGUGAACAUGGCGGCGCUGGAGGCGAGCACCGCCGGCGCGGCCAGGGACACGGACGGUUUCGUGGUGAGCUCGUACCUGUCGGUGCUCGCGAUGCUCAUGGACCGCAAGGAGGACGUGCACGAGCUCCGGCGGCGGGGCCUGGUGCACGGCGCCCUCAGCAACAAGCAGGCGCUGGGCUUCUUCAAGGGCCUCGGCCAGCACCUGCGCUUCGGCCGCCGCUACUUCACCGCCCUGGAGGAGAUUGACUCGUACAAGCGCCACAGGUCGGUGAGGAUCAAAGCGUACAAGUUCGUCUACAACUACUGCAAGUUCAUCGCCGCCUUCCUGUCUGUCACCGGCGUGCUCAUCGGCAUCUUUAAGACCCUUCUCUCACUCAAGCGCCAUUGCUAA